UCUCGUUUCAGCGGAGCAGCAAAGGGAAAAAAAAGCCGUCUCCAACCGCCCACCAGGUUCUAGAAGCCCCCCGUCCGAUUCGCGAGUGGUUCGGGAGCCAUGGCGGAGCCCAGCACGCAGGAGAGGCCGAGGCUGAGGCGGCUGGAGUUCGUGCGCGCGGCGGCGGCGCAGGCGGCGCUGUGCGUCGCGGGCCUCUACGCGCUCGCCAGGGACCACGCCGGCCCGCUCCGCCCCGGCGUCGACGCCGUCGACUCCGCCGUCAGGGGCGUCGCCGGCCCCGUCUACGCCCGCUUCCGCGGCAUCCCCCUCGACCUCCUCGCCUUCGUCGACCGCAAGGUGGACGGCACGGUGGAGGAGCUGGACCGGCACCUCCCGUCGGCGCUCAAGUCGGCGUCAGCGAAAGCGUACGAGGCGGCCCAGGCGGCGCCGGAGCUGGCGAGGGAGAUCGUCGACGAGGCGCGCCGGUCGGGCGUGACCGGCGCGGCCCGCGCCGUGUACGGCAAGGUGGAGCCGGUGGCCAAGGACGCGUACGGGAGGAUCGAGCCGGCGGCCAGGGACCUGUACGUGCGCUACGAGCCGGCGGCGGAGCACCUCGCCGUCUCCACCUGGUGCGCGCUCAACGGGCUGCCGCUCUUCCCGCAGCUGGCGCAGAUCGCCGUGCCCACCGCCGCCUACUGGUGCGAGAAGUACAACAGGGUGAUCGUCUACGCGGCGCAGCACGGGCUCCCCGGAGCCCGGUACCUCCCGGCCAUCCCCGUCGAGCGCAUCGCCAAGGUGUUCGGGGAGGGGUCGCCGGAGGCCAAGCCUGUGGAAGUGAACGAGACCGUCGGGGAAGGGUCGUCGGAGGCCAAGCCUGUGGAAGUAACCGAGACUGCCGAGUAGCCCGCGCCGGCGGCCAAGUCUAUGGAUCUUGAUCUAGUAGCAACGCCGUGCCCCUACACUGCCCUGAUAAACGAGGUCUGUACUGUAUUGCUCGUGGCCUCAACUGAAUAAGCUACGUACUG